UCGACCGUUCACGGGUCGAUUCCAAGGACGCGCGAAGUUAACACGCCGCUCGAACGCGGACGACCAUAUAGAAAAUCUACCGAAUAGGCGUCGAGCGGAAGCGACGCGCUCGCUCGGAAGUGCGACAUACAGUACAACUAUAUUAUUGUCAUGAUGUCAUAUCAUAAUCGUUCACGCAACGCGAAAAACAAAAAAUAAUUAUAAUCUUCAUCGACGAGGAGCGUCGCGUCAAACGGACCAGUGCGUCGAUGGCAGACCGCGGACACCGGUGCACCGACCCGUAGCAGCAACAGUUGCAGCUGCAUCGACGGUGACGGCRGGCGAUGGCACAGCGACCGUCGUCGUGGAGGUACGAAAUCUUCUUGUUUCUCGCCGUCAACACGUCAUUUCUGGUGCUGUUCGACGCGUUUUCCGCCGACCGCGACAUCACCCGUCGGACCGCGCCGCCGAUGCGCACCGGCGGCCGGCGGCGCCUGUUGUUGGACCUCGAAGACUUCGAGUACGUCGUCGAUAGCGACGUGUGCGGCGGGCCUCGAAGUCACACGCCAAUCGUGGUGCACAGCCACGUGGGCCACUUCGAGCGCCGCCGGGCCAUCCGCCAGUCCUAUCCGCGAACGGUGCUCGRCCGGCUGGGAUUCCGUCACGUGUUCAUGGUCGGCUUGCCGUCGUCGGGCGACCGCGACGGCGACCUGCAGGCCCGACUGCUCCGGGAGUCGUACCGGCACGGCGACGUGGUGCAGGGCAACUUCCGCGAAGCGUACAGGAACCUGACGUACAAGCACACGAUGGGCCUGACGUGGUUCGCGGAACGGUGCCCGCGGUCGGACUACAUGGUCAAGAUGGACGACGACAUAGCGGUGAACGUGUUCAAGCUGAACGCCGUGCUGGGACGUGCUGGCAACCGCGACCUGGCCGGGUGCGUGAUCGCCGCGAAACCRAUACGGGACGAGGGCAACAAGUGGUACGUGAGCCGCGCAGAGUUUGCGGGCGACGCGUACCCGCCGUUCCUGUCCGGUUGGCUGUACGCGGCCAGGGCGGCGGCCGUGCCGCGCUUGCUGCGGGCGAUCGGUGCCCGCGAAAAAUACUUUUGGAUCGACGACCUGUACGUGACAGGCAUACUCGCCGAGCGCGCAGGACUCGCGUUCACCGACCUGAGACCCGACUUCGAGACCGACCCGGGACCGAUACACUGUUGCGUACACAAGCGACAGCGGUGCGACUUUCUGGCAGCGCCCACCGGCGACGACGACAGCUUGCUCCAGCGAUACGCCAAACAGCUGACACGCUGUAAGGCUACCAACUCCUCGACGUCCUGCGAUGUGUUCCGCAAAUCCAAACUCCAUCACAACUGUCUGGAUUUAUGGAAAAAAAAAACACCAGACCCGGGAAUGGGAAAACCGUCAAUAGAAAUAUUGAAUUGGAACUGACAAUAAAUAAGACUUAUAACAUAUUUUUUUCUUGUAUGGAUUUCAAAUUUUUAUAUUAUUAUCCGAUACAAAUUAAAAACUAUUCAUUUUAUAUGUAUAAUGUAUGUUGAAAGUAAUUCACUGUUUUAUGGUACAAAUCAAGUAAUGUUAUAAUAUCAUAUUAUUUUGCAUUAUGUGAGAAUAUCUAAUAAUGUAUUUAUU